CUAAUGAUGUCUGCCGCCUCUUCCCUUAGCAAAACAAACAUCAAAGAAGCCAACGAUCACCUACAGAAACUUCAUCAAAGAAUAUUUGAGCUGGAAACACAGCUGCAGCUCCACUCACUGCACGUAGAAGACUUGCAACAGACUAACGCAGAAUUGCAAAGACAACUAGUAGCUAACAGAGAGUCUACAGGGUCUCUUUUAAAAGAAAAGGAGAGAGAAAUAGGAGAGCUAAAGUCUCAAUUAGAAGCUAAAGAUCUCCAAGUACAAAGAUUGCUAUCAGCAGCUGAAGAGAGAGAUGAUGUCAUGCUUAAGUUGGAGGAGAAGUCAAGAGUGUUUUAUGAAGUUGCUGAACACAGAUCAUCACUAGCACAAAUACUGAGAGUAUUGGAAGAUAUCAGCCAAUCAAAAUAAAGAUAUUGUUGUAUAUAAUUCAUUAUUUUUUGUAAAAAAUGUUGGGGCUUGUUCACACCUU